CAUUAUUUCGAAAUAAUUCCUGUUGUCGUGUAGCCUAAUGUUGUUUAAAAGCAAUAUAUAUAAAACUCGACACAAUUCUAGCUUGAUGGUCGGCACUAUAGCGCGGUGGACACCUGGUGUGUGAGAAAUGGGAAACCUGCUGGUCCCAGAUCAGUGUGGAUCAUUAGGGGGAGGAGAUAUUUGGGAGGUGGUUCUGGGGGGGGAAUCCUGCAGCAGGUCUCCAUACAGUCUGUGUAGGCAGAGGGCAGAGAAGACGCCCGGGGACAUGCUGCGUGUCUUGCAUUAUUUUCCUGCAUCGAGAGACGAUGUUUGACUCCACUGAGCGCCGUCAUGGGCAAAAGGUGUCCGCGCUCUCACGUAGCCGACGCGACCUCUGGUGUCCAAAUGAGCAGGGACGGCGGUGGUGGACUCCACUCGGACGCACAGUUGUGAAACACUAUGAAGGCAAAAGGUCCAGCAUCUGAGGGUCUCUGGGCGCCGCAGUGAGAGCCAUGGAUCACUUUUUUCGGAGAAAGCGGGUCGGUCUGCUGAAACCCCUGCUGAGUCUGUCUCUAGUCUUUGCCUCUUUUCUAAUGAUCCACAAGCUGAAACUGGCAGAGAAGGACGGAGUGGGAGUUAAACACAUGAGGGAUGCCGGCUGGUGCGGCUCCGAGUGUUUUUCAUUAAAGAAGGGAGUCGUGAAAAAUAAUUUGGAGAGCUCAGACUCUCCAGUGCUUACCACCGAUUUGGAUGCGCAGCGGGUCUCCAACGGGACUCCGGCGUCCUGGGACGCACAGGUUCUCAACUGCAGCGAGGACGCGUCGGUGAGGACCCAGGACUGGUUCCGGCGCUUGGACCCGCGAUUUCACCAGUUUGUUCUGCACAGACACUGCAGGUACUUCCCCAUGCGCAUCAACCACCCGGAGAAAUGCGCGGACGGAGAGGUGCACCUCCUCAUGGUGGUCAAGUCCAUUAUCGAGCAGCACGACCGGCGCGAGGCGGUGCGCAAAACCUGGGGCAAGGAGCACACGGUGGAUGGGAAGAAAAUCAAGACUUUGUUUCUUUUGGGGAGCCCGACGACUGGCAAAGACACCAAGAACCUCCAGAAACUGAUCGAGUACGAGGACCUGAUCUAUGGGGACAUCCUACAGUGGGACUUCAUGGACACCUUCUUCAACCUGACCCUGAAAGAGGUCAACUUUCUCAAAUGGUUCGACAUUUACUGCUCCGGGGUCCAGUUCAUAUUCAAAGGAGAUGAUGACGUGUUUGUGAACACGCGUAACCUGCUGGAGCUCAUCGGCUUCAAAGUGGAGGAGCGCAAAGAGGCCGACUUGUUUGUGGGGGACACCAUCUCCAAGGCGAUCCCCAUCCGAAACCGGCAGAGCAAAUACUACAUUCCCAAAGAGUUGUACGAUAAGCCGUAUCCCCCUUAUGUCGGAGGUGGGGGGUUUCUGAUGUCCUCCCAGUUGGCCAGGAGGCUCUUCGUGGUCUCAGAGGACCUGGAGUUGUAUCCCAUUGACGACGUGUUUUUGGGGAUGUGCCUGCAGAAGCUUCACUUGGCCCCGGAGAUGCACCCGGGCUUCAGGACCUUCGGCAUCACCAGACGCAGGGUGAGCUCCAUGAACAGCGAGCCAUGCUUUUAUAAAAACCUCAUCGUGGUGCACAAACUGAGCGCGCAGGAGCUGCUCAGUAUGUGGAGCGUUGUGCACAACGAGGAACUGGUGUGCGCUCAAAGGACCUCCAUAUGAUUGUCAAUUAAUAUAAACUAAAGCAAAUCAAUUCACUAAAGCCGGACUGAUGGUUGGAAUACACAGAAGACCUGUGUUUUUAAUUGAUCAUACAUGAUGAUCUUUUAACAUCUUCACUGAAUCUGCCAUCUCAGUCAUAGUUAAGGGAGGGCGGCUUUUUCACCCGCCGAACAAUUCUAAAAAAUGUAUAUGUUCAUCAAAAGAGUGUUUUUAUUCAUUCAACAUUUAAUUUUCACUGAUGGUUUUGAUACUAUACAGCACAUCCAGAUUUAGCAUUUACAUUUUCUGUAUGUCAAAUUAAAAAAUGUUGCAAGCUCUUCUGAACAGGUGGAGUCUCCACUAGUCCUGCUACUCUGAUUUUCCAUUUCGUGAAACCACUACUACCCAACUCCACAGCGUGCACGCAUCAGAGGAAGCUUUCUGAUUCUUGGUGCCAUUUCAACUUGGAGCUCCAUCACUCCGUUAUCUAAAUCUGAGAUCCAAUGUUGAUGUAGAUUCAUGGUUGUAAUAGUUUUAGUGGUGUUUGUGCAGGCAUAAAUAAGACUUGACUAGUUACAUCCAGGUGUUCCUCUGAAACAGCUGAUUUUAUUGUCAAUUUCUAAUUUCAGGAUUUCAGUGACUGUCAAAGUGAAUAUAUAUAUACGACUCAGCACAUAGCACAGAACAAACAGUUCAUAGUUGAGUGAUUGUUUUUUUUUUAGGGUACUGACAUUGUAAAAAUCAAAUGAUUUGAUUUUCUUAAGUUAAUAUAUUAUUUUAUUUCAUUUUUAAGUGUUAAUUCAUUUGUGUAUGAUUUGCAGAGGUAGGCCAAAAACCAAAGAAACUAAAGGGAUGUAAUACUGUAGCUUUAUGUAUGAUACUGUAAAUAAAACUGGAGCUCUCUGUCAA